CUCGGGACGAGCUGGCUGGGCUGGCAAGAGGGGAGAGGGACGUGCGCGCGCGGGGCUGGACCAGACCUUCCCUCAUUUUUUUCCCCCCCCUCAGCGCCAGCUGCUUCUUACUUUCCUGCCUCCCUCCCUCCCUCACCUUCCCGGGCCAAGGGAUUAAAAGGGGACGGGGAGCAAAGCGUCAAGUCAUGUCGGAGCGCCCGUGAGGAAGAAGCCCCCCGCGCCAUGCCACCACCACCACCACCACAGCCGCCGCCUCCUCCUCCUCAGGCUCGACCCCGGGCGUGGAAAGCCGAGCCGACGGGGCCGCCCUCCCUGCGCUGAAGAAGCGGGGGCUGCGGAGGAGGAAGAGGAAGGAGGAGGAGGGGGGCUGGCGAUGCGGGCCAGGCUGUAAGGGGAGGGGUGGGGGAGCGGUGAGGCCGAAAGCGGCUUGGCCGGGCGAUGCCCGUUGUCGCCGCCGCAGCAAUUACCCGCACCGAGCAUGGAGAAGUCGAGUAGCGAAGACUCCUCCAUCCGCCGGAGCCCGUCCCUGGAGAGCAAAGACUCGGACUUCGCCAAAGCCUCGCCGACGGGCAAACGCUUCAGCCGGGGUUUCACGGCCGGCGCUUUUUACGGCACGGCCGGACCUCGCCGGCAAGGCCGACCCGGUGCAGGUGCAGGUGCCGGUGCGCCCGCGGGCUCCGGCUUGCCAAGGGACGAGCCUCGGAACGACGGCCGCAACAACGCCGCCGCCGCCAACAACAGCAGCAGCAGCAGCAAAUACCUGGUUUUUUACCUGGAUCUAUCCUUUGUUUUCCUCCUAGAGUUUAAGAAGUGCAGCAUGGCCAGGGGCUGCUUGUGCUGCCUGAAAUAUAUGAUGUUCCUUUUCAAUUUGAUCUUUUGGCUGUGCGGCUGUGGGCUCCUGGGCGUGGGAAUAUGGCUCUCAGUAUCCCAAGGAAACUUCGCCACGUUUUCACCCACGUUCCCGUCGCUUUCGGCUGCCAACCUGGUCAUCGCCAUUGGGACCAUUGUCAUGGUGACAGCUUUCCUAGGCUGUUUGGGUGCCAUCAAAGAAAACAAGUGCCUACUUUUAAGCUUUUUUGUCGUUCUGCUGAUCAUUCUCCUGGCUGAACUGAUAUUACUGAUUUUGUUCUUUGUUUAUAUGGACAAGGUGAGUGAAAGUGCAAAACAGGACCUGAAGGAAGGCCUCAAGCUGUAUAACACAGAAAAUAACGUGGGGCUGAAGAACGCAUGGAAUAUCAUUCAAGCAGAGAUGCACUGCUGUGGGGUAACUGAUUAUAGAGACUGGUAUCCCGUAUUGGGUGAUAACGUCGUCCCUGACAGAUGUUGCAUGGAAAAUUCCCAAGAUUGUGGUCGGAAUUCCAACAACACGAGUUUGGUGUGGAAAACGGGCUGCUACGAGAAGGUCAUGACGUGGUUUGAAGAUAACAAGCAUAUCCCGGGGGCCGUUGGGAUGUGUCUCCUCAUAAUACAGAUUCUUGGCAUGGCCUUUUCCAUGACUCUCUUCCAGCAGAUUCAUAGGACUGGUAAAAAAUACGAUGCCUAAAAAUACUUCUUUUUUAAACUUCAUCAGCCCUUAACUGUUGCUGUUAGGACAGAACAACAACUACAAAAACAUACAUAUAUAUAUCUAUAUAUAUAUGAAUCCCUUUGUCUGACUUUGGGGUUGCCUACCCAGCUUAGUUCAUUUUUUUCCAAGACGGAUUAAACUGAACGCAAGUAUUUACAGAACCCUUUUUGUAUCUUCUCGGUCAUUGUUUUGCCAAAGAAGAGAACGUUCCUGAAUUCAGAAUCAAUUUUCUACUCCUUCUUAAAGCUCCCUGUUUCUAACCUUGUAGGUGGAGUAACGCUCUAGUACUGAUCAGUAUUACAUCGCUGACGUAGCCGACGGAUGUAUCUAUUAACUUUUUGAAAUGAUCUUUUUUUUAAAUGGCUGGUACCCAACUGGAGUACUGGGACUUGAACACAGCCAUUCAGAUGACGCCUCUCCCUGUGAAUUGGAUCUGCUUGGACAGAGGGGUUUGGGUGUGGGGGUAUCAGGGGUACUUUAAGUAUUUUCCUUCCUUCCCUUUUUUUGCUCUCUCAUGUCCCCCCUCCCCUGAUUUCAAUGGUGCAGUCUUUGAAAAAACAACAACAACAACUAUUUUUAAAAAACUGUUUUAAAUUUAAAACAGCUUUAAAAUUUAAAACCAGGAGGAAAAAUACGGCUGUUUCUGUUAUAAUCGGUUUAAAAGAGACUCGGCAGUCGGUGAGUCUCGCUAAAGCUUGAUUUAGACUUCAACUGCGCGUAGGUGUCGACGGGUAUCCCUGCUGCAAAGGGGUUGAUGGGUAAAUGGAGGUUGCGAGUGGUUGUAGACAGGCCAGCGCACAGCCUUCCCAAAUCUCAACCACGCUGCCUGCCGAUUGGUUGAUCCGACUUCCUGUUGGGAGGCGGGCGGAUGGCAAGGCGCCUUCUGGGUGCUUUGUUGUUUGAGCGCCCCCUAGCCAGAAAGCUAACAUUUGCCAAAGUAAUAAAUGCUAUGCAACCAGCUCCAAACGACAGACGCAUAUGUUCCCCGAUGAGCCGCGGUGGCGCAGUAGUUAGAAUGCAGUACUGCAGGCGGCUUCUGCUGGCUGCCGGCUGCCUGCAAUUGUUGGGAGCAAUAUGCUGACUCUGUAAACCGCUUAGAGAGGGCUGUAAAGCACUGUAAAGCGGUAUGUAAGUCUAAGCGCUGUUGCUAUUGCUAUGUGCAGUGAUGCUGAAGUCUAAACCAGGUUUAAGCUGGAAUCAUGCAGUGGGAAUUCUGGGACCAGGGCAGAUUCUCGGAUACAUACCUCAUAUUUUUCAGUUGGAGAUCUUCCCCAUAAGGCAAGGGUGGGGUACUGUGGCCAUGGUGGUGCAGUGGUUAGAAUGCAGCGUUGCAGGCUGACUCUGCUCACUGCCAAUAGUACGAUCCUGACUGGCUUAAGGUUGACUCAGCCUUCCGUCCUUCCGAGGUUGGUAAAAUGAGGGCCCAGGUUGGAGGCAAUAGUCUGACUCUGUAAACCGCUUAGAGAGGGCUGUAAAGUACAUGUGCUAUUGCUAUUGAUAUUCCUUCCUUCCUUCCUUCCUUCCUUCCUUCCUUCCUUCCUUCCUUCCUUCCUUUUUCCUUUCCUUUCCUUUCCUUCCUUCCUUCCUUCCUUCCUUCCUUCCUUCCUUCCUUCCUUCCUUCCUUUCUCUCUUCUUCCCUUUCUCAUUCUCCUUCCUGGUGACAAAGUGGUUAGAAUGCCGUAUUGCAGGCUUACUCUGCUCACUGCCAGCAGUUCGAUCCUGACCGGCUCAAAGUUCAUUCAGGCUUCCAUCCUUCCGAGGUCGGUAAAAUGAGGACCCAGAUUGUUGCGGGGGGGGCAAUGUUCUGACUCUGUUAAACUGGGUACAGAGGGCUUUAAUGUACUAUGAAGCAGUGUGUAAGUGCUAUUGCUGUGGUCCUUUUACGACCUGUGGGCUUCCAACUCCCAGAAUUCUUGAGCCAGAUUGGCUGGCUGAGGAAUUCUGGGAACUGAAGUCCACAAGUCAUAAAAGGGACCGUAGUUCCCCACCUUUGCCGUAAGACAUACUAUGCAUGAAGCAGACAUCUCUCUGGAAGCAUCUUAUUCUGGAAAGAAGAAAAAAGUUAGAAUUUGCUGCUGCUACUGCUGCUUGUCGGCGAAUUGGCACAUGUCAGGAGACUGGGCCGAUGUCCCUCCCUCAGUUCUUAUUUCUGGUAGUCUUAAAAUAGGAUAGGAAUGACAUACUUUUGAUAAUUAGGCUAAGACGCCUUUACUGAGGCUUCGGUCUCUGCUCUUUUAAAAAAGAAAAAAAAACCUGCAGACUUCUGUCGAAGGACAGAUAACCUCCCUAGCAACAACCAGCCAUCGUUUUUUAUAUUUAACAGAAUAAAACAGCCAUUUCCAAAGGGGGUGGGGUGGGGGGUUUCAAGCUACCAAGCAAAAAAAAUAAAAUAAAAUUAAUCAUGGAUCUCUCUUGCAAGUCAGCUUUGUUUUCUCCAUAUCUGGUAGGGUCCUGCAGAAUUUCCUGGCUCUAGUGAUUCAGCAAAUUAUUCUGACCCCACUGGGGGUGCCUCGGUGGGCUCCCCCACUUCAGAGAAGUGGGGCCAGAAUUGUUUGCGCCUGAAAAUAGGCAACUACUAGGAAGUUGCAUCCUUCCCGGUGGUGGGAUUCAAUUUUUUUUACUACUGGUUCUGUGGGUGUAGCUUGGCGGGCGUGGCAGGGGAAGGAUACCACAAAAUCCCUAUUCCCUCCCCACCCCACUAACCUGCUUUCCAGCUCCGUUCUCCUUUGCAGGGCAACAAAAGAAGACCCAGCCGAUCAGCUGGGAGGCAGCAAUAAACCAACCACGCCGAUCAGCUGGGAGGCAGCAAAGAGAUCGAUUGGGUGCCCUAGCCUUACAGGCUAGGCCGCCCUGCAGCCCCCCGGGACCCAAAACAGGGUGUGUGGGGACUCCUGGAAGGGGCGGGGCAGGCGGGGGCGGGGCCAGCCAGAGGUGGUAUUUGCUGGUUCUCCGAACUACUCAAAAUUUCCGCUACCAGUUCGCCAGAACCUGUCCGAACCAGCUGAAUACCACCUCUGAUCCUUCCAUUAGAAUAUACACUCAUCGGUGCUUGUUCAAAAACGAAAAAAAAAGGAAAAGAAAGAAAGAGUUAUGCCCAACUUUGCAUCCUAUAAAAAUAAAUGUGAGGUGUGUGAGUGAAAACAUCGUUCAGGAAAAAAAUAACAAAUCGUGAAGGAUUAGCCAGUGAUUUCUCCUCUUCCUCUUUUAUUCCCAGGUAGUAGAUAAGGCCAAGGAAAAGCAUUUUCCAUUUUUGUACAAUUAAGAGCGUGAAGACUCAGCUUCAGCUACACGACUGGGGCGUAAAGGAAACGGUGGGUGAGCUGAAAGGCAACCUCGAUUUCAUCGGGGUUGUGUUUGACCUCAGUGUGGGGGUGGCCAAGGUAGGCGUGGCCAGCUUGACAUCACUCAUGUCGGGGGCGCCUGUGGCGGCCCGAGCACUCUGCCAGCAAAAAGAGGCUCCCGAGCUCCGUUUUUGGCUGUGAUGGCCUCCUGCCACCCUCUGUCAGUGAAAACAGAGCUCGGGGGGGGGGGGGGGUGCGCGCAGCUCGUCUGAGCUCCGUUUUCACUGGCAGAGGCCCACAGGCUGGACCUUCGCUGUUUCCAGAGUGGCCCCAUGGGCCGAAUCUAAGCACCCCGGGGCCUUGAAUUUGACACCCCUGACCUAUGGAGUGCGACCGAAGUUCCUUUUUUUGUAGUCUUGAAAACCAUUCAGAGGGAAGCCUCUGAGAGAGAAGGAAAUGUCCUCACGUAAUGGCCAGGUUGAGCCGGGAAUGUCCGUUCUAAGUUGUUGCAGUCACUAAACAGGUCCUGGCUCGAGCUGACUGGAUUUCGCAAUCAUUUUUACGAUGGUCGUAACGCGCGUUGCUUUGGCCGUUAAGCAAGCCGCGUGGCCGUUAGAACAAAUCCACUCGCUCAAAUGGACAUUUUAUUUUAUUUUUUUGCCAGAAAUUGGCAAAAAAAAAAAAGAAAAAUCGGACAUUGCAGUCGGUUCUAAAUGUGAGACAGUUGCUAAUGCGAACCAUGUGACCAUGGCUGUAUGUGUGGAACAGUCAUAACUUUGAGGAGGAGUUGUAAGUCAUUAAGCAAGGAGUACCUGUGCCAUUGAUACUGGCAGGAGUCUCGUAAUUAAUACCAGGAAAGAUUCAGAUAAGGAGAGUGCAAAGCAUGAUCCAAGGCCCCUUUACUUCUUUUUUUUUUUAAAAAAACCCUUUUAUACCAAACUAAUUAACAGAAAUAAAAAUUGCAUACAGUGCAAACCAGGUGUAGAUUUAUCGUUCUACUGCAGGAAAAUAAUUAUUUUUACCAUCUUCAUGCACAAGAAACUUAUAGUUCUUGAUGCCCAGAUUCUGAACGCUAGUAAUACAGCCAAGAAUAUAUCUUAAACCAUUCUCAUUUUCAAAUCAUUAUUGCAAUCUUAUACAUUUGAACCCAAAAUAUGGUAACAAUGGAACAAAUCUAGAAUUAAAUCUCUUGUCUCUUGAACUAAGUCUCCAUUACUAAACAACCCUAAGAUAUUUAAUACAGAUAAAAUAGGGUGAGGUUUUUUUUUUUUGCUGUGUUAACCACAUUUUAAGAUAAAAAUAAUAUCGCGUUCUUUAAUGCAAUUUUCCAUUGGUUUUGAAAGAACAGGUCAUUCCAAGUAGGUACUAUCCAAGUAAUUAAUAUUGCUUCCUUCAAUUUUUUUUUAAAAAAGGAUGGAUAGGGGCUAAAAUAUCUCAAAAGCAUCAGAACCAAACACUUCAGUAGAACAAAUUGCUAAAGAAGCAAUCUGGUAAACCAAAUUCACUUUUUUAUAGACCUUUUUAAAAACAGUUUAACCUGAGCUAAGUUUUUCAAAAGUAAAGGUUCAAUUUACUGAAAAAUCACAACAAGAAGCAGAUUAAUAUCUAUUUUUAAACGGGAAACAUGGCAUCACAGAGGCUUUGAGGCACGAGGAGGUUAGUUUUGUCUACCACCUCUAUUUAUCUUGUGACAUUAAAUUUCCAAUAUUGAAACUAAUCCUUGAACAAACCAACGUUUCAGGAAGAUACAAAUGCUUCCAGGUGAGCGCAACGAGGAGCUGAAUUCUGAAUCUAAAAUAAAUGCCAAAUGAUCAGCUGAAAAGAUGGAGAAUUAAAUCCAUAUUUACCAGCUGGUCACUCUAAUUGAAUCCGUGGAAAUGUUAAGAUGACUUUCCAAAGAAAAAUUUGCUUGAAAGAAUAUAAAUAGCACUAAGAAGAAAAUCUUUUAAAAUAACACGAUGUAGAGUUAAAAUGACCUUACGCGUGUUUAUUUGUGAAAGCAGCUGAAAGGAAUUCUAACUUUGGUUGGAUCCGAAAUUGGAAAUGAUUUCAAAUUUGCGCUUUUAAAAAAAGAUGAUCAUGAAUCUUUAACCUAAUCAAAAGGAUCAGAAAUUAAAAGCCUCAGUCACAGGCUUUGUGGAGAUGGAUCCAUUAGCCUCAUGAAUUUCUUCUGAUUUAUAGUUGUUACUUCGGGGUGCAGCCCCAGAGGAAACAAAAUGAACAUUUCUGAUCUUUAUCAAACUUACCAUCUGUGUCUGACAGAAUCUCAGACCCUCCUCUAUCUUCUGUGAUCCUUUUAAUAUUUUCCCUUUUUUUUUUUUUUAGUAGUGCAGACAAGGAGAAUAAACCUUUGAUUUAUUCCACAACAUAAGGCACAUCAUUAAAUCUGAUUUGGCAGGAAAAUAAAAGAAGUCGUUCCACAAUAAUAAUAAUAAUCAUAAUAAUGGGAAAUCAAAAAAUAAGCCAGAAUCUGCUUCAGAAAACUUCCCAGAAACCACAUCAAACGUUUUCUAAAGAAAUAGCGACUCUUAGAUUCUGUCUAAAACAAAUUAAGUAAAGGAAAAAAUCGUAGCGUCAGAACAAUAAUCUGAAAAGCAUUAUUAUAAUCAUCAGUAGUAGUGGUAAGCAGUAGGCAGAAAAACAAUGUCUAAUCCUAUAUCGAACUAGGUUUUUCAUCAGAACAAACAAACUUGGCUUUGUUUGGAAAGAACUAUAGUAUUUGCUUCAUUUAAACCAGGGCUGUCAAACUCUUUAAGCCAAGAGGUAAGAAAUCUAUUUGACAAAACUUCAAUAUCUAUUUCUAAUAUUUUUUUUUUAAAAAAGGAGAUACAACCCCAAUAUAUUAUUUUACUCUGCCAACGUGAAAAACCAUCCGUUUUAGAGCUUUCCAUGGUGUCAUAAGUGAACGAUGGUUACCAUCUUUUAAAUAAACCUGACUAGGUGACUCAGUGGCUAAGACGCUGAGCUUGUCAGUCAGAGAGGUUGGCGGUUCAAAUCCCCUAGUACAGAUCUCCUGCGUGAGCAGGGGGUUGGACUAGAUGACCUCCAAGGUCCCUUCCAACUUUGUUACUAUUAAAAAAAAAAAACAAAAGGAGUCACAUGCGGCCAUCUUCCAUCCGUUAGAAAAGAAUGUUAUCUUUGUGUUUCUGGAUGAGAAACUACAGUUUGAGAUCAUUUCUUUUUUUAAAAAAAAAGCAACAAAAAACAACAACCCCUAGUAAUCUGUAAAUUGUCUCCUAUAUCCUACGUAGAAAAUAAUUAUUGCUUAUUAUGAUCAAAUAAACCUACAAAAUUCACUGGGGCAUUGCCUGGAAUAGCCUAAAGCCGUUGUGGGUGUGUUUUGGAUGGUCCAGAGAAGUUUGAUAAGCAAAUCCAGGGUUAUCCCGUGGGACUCUUACUUAUCGCUAGUUGCAAAUAUACAACUAGCAUUUACGUUUGCCUGAGAUCAGGUCUUAAUCUUUUUGUUAUCUCUAACUCAUCGGCUCCCAGAUGGCAUUUCUCUUAAGUCCGUUGACUUAUUUAUAGCGUUUUCUGUGUUUCCUUUGUUUGGAGGCCUGAGUUCACCUCACAUACCCUUUGCUUAGCUUUUCACUUCUCCUCCUGUCCUAUCUGCGAAGUCCCCCCCACCCCACGUCUCUCAAGCGAUUUCCCAUUUACGGCCUCUUUUUACACAUGGUUUCCUCAACCUGCCAUGUGAGUCUGUAACAGAAUAACAGAGUCUCGGGAAGGGACCUUGGAGGCCUUCUAGUCCAACCCCCUGCUUAGGCAGGAAACCCUAUACCAUGUCAGACAGAUGGUUAUCCAACAUUUUCUUAGAAAUUUCCAGUGUUGGAGCAUUCACAACUUCUGGAGGCAAGUCGUUCCACUGAUUAAUUGUUCUCACUGUCAGGAAAUUUCUCCUUAGUUCCAGGUUGCUUCUCUCCUUGAUUAGUUUCCACCCAUUGCUUCUUGUCCUGUCCUCAGGUGCUUUGGGGAAUAGCUUGACUCCCUCUUCUUUGUGGCAGCCCCUGAGAUAUUUGAACAAUGCUAUCAUGUCUCCCCUAGUCCUUCUUUUCAUUAAACUAGACAUACCCAGUUCCUGCAACCGUUCUUCAUCUGUUUUAGCCUCCAGUCCCCUAAUCCUCUUUGUUGCUCUUCUCUGCACUCUUUCUAGAGUCUCCACAUCUUUUUAGCAUCACGGCGACCAAAACCGGAUGCAGGAUUCCAAGCGUGGCCUUACCAAGGUGUUAUAAAGUGGUAUUAACACUUCAUGUACAACAAACAUGGGAAAGAAUAAUAACUGACAAACAGAAUUUGAAAAUGUGCUGCUAAAUGGAUACCUUGGUUGGUCCCAAUUCCACUUCAGCAGUGAAAUCUACUUACCUUCCUUACUGGUUUCAAAGUGGAUGCAUCAUGCACGCGCUUCACAUGUGCACUUAGACCUCCUGUGAAUCCGCAAAACCUUUUGCGCAUGCACAGAAGGUAAUGAACACAUUACUUCCUGGUUAAAACCAGGAAAUAACAACACCUAGGUGGGUGGACGGAGCUUUGCUCCGCCAUCGCUACCGGAUCGCCAAACCAGCUGCCAAGAAUCACCCCAUCCGGUCCGAACUGGGAGGAUUUCACCCCUGUUCCACUUCCAUAGGUUGCUACCUCCAGAACGGGGGUCUCCAACCUUGGCAACUUUAAGACUUGUGGACUUCAACUCUUCAACAGCUUGGCUGGCUGAGGAAUUCUGGGAGUUAAAGCCCACAAGUCUUAAAGUUGUCAAGGUUGGAGACCCCUGCUCCAGAACAUCUAACAAAGUUUUAAGGGAAUGGGGACUUUUAAAUUAAAUGUUUAGAAUAGAUUCACCAUCACCUAGAUCAGAGGUCUUCAAACUUGGCAGCUUUAAGAUUUAUGGACUUCAAAACUCCCAGAAUUCUCCAGCCGGCUAUGCUGAAAUUUGAAGACCUCUGACCUAGAUGCUUGAGAAAAGCUCUUGGAUGUCUGAGAAGCUUGAUCGAUUCUAAGAAUGAUGAUGAUGGAGAUGAUGAUGAUAUCCCUUCAGUUGUGUCCAACUUUUGGCGAUUCUGUGGGCCAGGUCUCUCCACAUCUUCCUAUCUUUGCAUUACUUUUUCGAGUUUUUCCAUGCUCUGGCUGGUGUCAGUUUGAUGGUGUCCAUGAACCAUGUUCUUUGACGGCCUAGUUUUCUUUCGCUGCUAACUCUUCCAAAUACAGUUGCUUUUUUUCAAUAAUCCCCUUGCCUGACAAUGGCCAAAGUAAGUGAGAUGCAGUUUCAUGAUUUCUAGUGACAUGUCUGGGUGUUAUCUGUAUUGUCGGUACUUGGAAUCUAGAUUCCCUGCAAAAAAUGCUUCAUUUUAUGAACCACGGUGGCGCAGCGGUCCGACUGCAGUACUGCAGAGCUACUUCUGCUGACUGAAGGCUGCCUGCAGUUUGGCCGUUCAAAUCUCACCGGCUCAAGGUUGACUCAGCCUUCCAUCCUUCCGAGGUGGGUAAAAUGAGGACCCAGAUUGUUGGGGGCAAGAGGCUGACUCUGUAAACUGCUUAGAGAGGGCUGUAAAAGCUCUGUGAAGCGGUAUCUAAGUCUAAGUGUUCUUGCUUUGCUAUCUUUUGGUAGCUAGCGGUCAGCAUUUUAGCUCUGCAGGAGGCAGUAAGAGCCCUUAGGACAAUUUUAAAACAUUUUGGCAUAGCCAGAGGGAUCGCUCUACAGAUAGUCCUCAAUUUACAACCGUUUGUUUAGUGACCGUUUGAAGUUACAAGGGCACGGAAAAAUGUGACUUAGGACCAUUUUUCUGCGUUACGACCUUUGCAGCAUCCCCAUGAUCGUGCGAUCAAAAUUCAGACGCUUGGCCGCCGGUUCCUACUUAUGACCGUUGCUCUGUCCCGAGGUCAGGUAAUCCCCUUUUGCGACUGCCUGACGCAGCAAAGUCAAGGGGGGGAAGCCAGAUUCACUUAACAACCGAGGUGACUAACUUAUCAACCGCCAUGUUUCACUUAACAACUGCGUCAAGAAAGGCCGUAGAAUGGGGCAAAAUUCACUCCACAAGCGUCUCGCUUAAUGACAUAAAUUCCAGGCUCAAUUUUUUUUUUGUUUACAUUUAUACCCCGCCCUUCUCCGAAGACUCAGGGCGGCUUACAGUGUAUAAUUGUUGGACAUAAGUUGAGGACUACCUGUAUCAUCCCCAUGUAAUUAUUCUAGUGCAGGGGUGUCAAACUCAGAUUUCAUUGAGGGCUGCAUCAGAGCUGUGGUUGACCUUGUUGGGGGGAGGGGACUGGUGGCUGCCGCCGUCUGGAUGGGUGUGACCAACUGGGUGGGCAUGGCCAGCUUGAUGCCACUCCCCAAACUGCUGGCAUAUUUCCUCUUCACAUUGGGUAGCCCGGGCCGAAGUGAAGCAGGCCAGCCCCUUACAUUUUCCAGGACAGCCCCAUGGUCCAGAUCCAGGGAUCGGAUUCAGCUGGUCAGACCGGUUCGGGCGAACCGGAUACUAAUUUUACAUCUGGUUCGCCGAACCGGUAGUUCCAAGGACUGGCUGGCCUCACCCAUACCCAGCCUGAUCUGAAUGCCAGGUAAAUGCAGGGCCCGUGCAGAGGCUCUGGAAGGGCAAAAAACGGGCCUCCCAGAAGUUCUGGAUGUCUGGAAAUGGGCCUGUUUCCGGCCUCCGGAGGGCCUCCGGAACCUGGGGGAAGCCGUUUUUGCCCUCCUGGAGGCUCGAGAAAAGCCUCUGGAGUCUGAGGAGGGCAAAAACACCCUCCCACCCCACCCCCACCAUGGUGCAGGAGGGCCACGCCCUCCCAGCAACGGUUGCUAAAAUUUUUGAAUCCCACCCCUGGCCAGAGCCUUGCGUUUGACACCCCUUGCUCUAAUAGAACAAACUUUGCAAAAACACGUUAGGACAGGCUUGGAAGUGAACAUUUCUGACCGUUGUAAAGAGAAAAAAAAACAUUCCCCAGGAUGGAGGCAAGAAAUUUUGCGACACCCUUUUAAACUACAUUUGAAGGCUGGAAUGCGAUUGGCAAUAUGUGUUGAUUGUGGGCCGGCUUCUAGCUUUGCCUGCAAGAAGCAGAUAAGCUCUUUUCCGCUUUCCUGAAAUUCUAACUACAGGUAUAUUGGAUCGUAGAGCCUGAAUUUCUUAAAAAAAAAACCAAAAAAACCCCCACACACAUUACUUUGUCCCGAAGGACCAUCUUAGCUUUCAAUAAUUACAGAAAUAUCAACAAAAUUUCUCGCUGUGAAAUUCUGUUCUCAGUACAUCACACCUACUUACUUACUGUGUCAACAGUAGCUUAAAUAUACAUACACCCUUCAGGCUAAGCAAAGGCAGGAGAUAAGGAGAGGGAUGUGGGGGAGGAAGGAGAGUAUUAACUGAAUCAAGUUUGCACCAAAAGAAUUUAUUAUUAUAUAUCUUCAUGCCUUUCUCCUUGCAAAUUCAUCUUUUCUUUCUCCGGAUUCGUAGACCAAUUAAUAAUUGCCUUUCGGUUUGUUCUCUCUCUCUCUCUGUCUCUCUCUCUCCGCUCUCUCUUUCUCCCUCUCUCUCUCUUCUCUCCUCUCUCUCUCUCCUCUCUCUCUCCUCUCUCCUCUCUCUCUUCUCU